AUGGCGACGACUUGUCGACCAAGUGGAGGGACGGACCAACGCCCUGCACGCAACCGCUGGCCUCGACGGUCCAUUUCACACGCAUGCCUUUUCUGGCAAUUCUGCUUAUCCUCCCUCGCCCGGCCCCGAGUCUCCCUCACGCGACGCCUGCGCCCUGUCUCGCCGCCGACGCCGCCGACGCCUGUAUCUGCAUCUGCAGGGCCCGCCGCUGCACUGUCCGGGGUCGUUCCCACCCGUCCUCCCUCCGUCCCACGCACCGUCCCGGGUCAGCUGCCCCUCUUCGAAUUCGUGCUACCCCAUUCCCAGAUAUCCGUCGUGCACAGCGUUCAGUCCCUGUCCAUGUUGUCGUCCAUUUCCGGCUCCAUCCGCUCCGCCGUCCGCCACGCCCGACGUGGCUGGCCCAGUCCGCUCGCCCCCGCCACCGCCGUACGACAAAACUCGUCUUCCGCUCCUCCUGGCAACCCUCCCGCCUCCUCCUUUGGCGAAGUCACCGACAUGUUCCGCUCUGCGGGCGAUGCCCUGCAGUCGGAGCUGCAGUCGGGCUCAAGGCCGGCAUUCACCUAUGACUAUGAUAGCAUCGACACCAACCUCGUGUCCGACGCUCCGGACCUGAGGGGCUUCAGGUCUGGCCGUUUGCUCAGUCCGUACCAGUACAGCCGCAAGGAGCGCACAAAGACACAGCGCCGCGCAGCACGAUCCUUACUCGGCCCCAACGCCAAAGAGUCGCGCGAGCUCGACUACUUCCACCAGCUCGAAAUAAACCCUCUCCACGAAUGCACAAACUCGUCGCUGCUCUCCAACUUUGUGACGGAGAUGGGCAAAAUCCGGAGUCGCGCGGAGACCCAGCUCACGUGGAAGACCCAGCGCCGAUUGGGCAAGGCGAUCCGCCGUGCAAAAAUGAUGGGUAUCAUCCCUGUGCUCAGCAAGCGUCCGCUGAAUCUGAUCAACGAGCACGGGAUAUACUAG